AUGCUCUUCCUCAGGCUCAGCUCCGCUCUGUGUGAGUACUCUGAUUUCCCAGAGUUCAUCCUGGAUGUAUUGAUCAUUGAUUCUGAUCAUAUUUUUUUCUGUUUCAGUGCUCACAGCGACAUGUUUCCUCAUGACAGCAGGUAAAUAUCAAAACACUGACAUGAACACGUCGUAUUUAUCACUUUUGGACACAUUUAAAGUCAUACUCUCUGUUUUUUUCAAGAUGCCAUUGAGACGGUGACCACCUGUGACAACACCAUCAGUGUUCAACGUCUCAACUGCGGUAAGACUUCACUUUUACAUUCAGGAGGACCCGUUUAGUAAAUUAAAGCUCCAGUGAGAGAUUUUAGCUGUGAAACAAACUGAAACUGACAUUUAUUUCUCUGUGUGACCUAAAAACGUUUAAAUAUACAACAUCAGCAAAGACUGCUUCAUCCACAGGGGGGCGCCAAAAUCAACCAAAAGUCCCUGACAGGAGCUUUAAACCAACGAGAGUCACAGAGUUCAUAGAUUUUGUUUUAUUUCCUCUUAUUAGUUAAAGUUUUAAUUAUUUUAUACGUGUGACACAUCAGUUCUCUGUUUUCUAACUGUGAAUAUUUUCCUCCUGUGUAGCAGAAAACGGCGUGAUCAGCGUACAGGAAGCUCUGUAUGGACGUUCAGACAGAGUGACCUGCAGUGAGGGAAGAUUUCCUCAUCAGCUCGCUGACACGAGUUGCUCCCAGCCUGGGACUCUGGACGCCCUCAGGAGGAGGUACAGACCCUGAAAACCCUCCAGAUUAAAAUAAUGAAGGAUCAGACCUUUUUUAACAUUAUAAUUCUGUGUCUGUCAUUGCUCUAUAAAAACAGAUUUUUAGACCGUCCUUUAUCAGCCAAAUGCAUGAUUUAAAACAGACUUUCCUCUUGUUUUUGAUUGUAGGUGUAACGGGAGGAAAGUGUGUGAACUAAACACUGACACCAUUAAGAGCACUGACCCCUGCUACGGCAUCUCUAAAUACCUGCAGACCAACUACACCUGCCUCCCAGCAAGUAAGACACGCCUGUUUAAAAGACUCUGUGGAAAAGCUGCAGAGACGUCCUCACACCACCCUGAGGAUUCCUGUGUGUGAUUUAGUUUCCUUCAGUCGUACAAAGUCUGAUCUGGUUCGUUUCUUUCUCAGUUCACCGGAUUGUUUGUGAGAAUUCCUUCACGUCCUUACAGUGCGGUAAGAUCUCUUCUUUAUAUAUGAAUAAAAACAAAGAUGUGAUGCAUUUAAAAACUUAUUUUAUAACCGUACUUCCUCCUUGUUGUCCUCAGAUGAGGGUCAGGUGAUCAACGUGUACGGGGCUCAUUAUGGACGUCUCGAUCGGUCCAUUUGCUCUUUCCAGCGUCCUGCCUUUGAAACCCAAAACGUGCUCUGCUCGAGGCCCGUGAGCAGCGUGGCUGAAAGGUGAAGCUGACCUCUCGUUAUGGUCGAAAUUUACUGUAAACCUGCAUGUAGCAACACUCACCUGACUCUGCGCCCACAGGUGUAACGGCAGAAACAGCUGCUCUAUCAAAGUCAGUAAUGGUGAGUUUGGAGACCCCUGUUAUGGGACGUUCAAGUACCUGGAGAUGUCCUACACCUGUCUGUGUAAGUAACCAAUCAGUGGACCUGAUCACCACAUCCUUCACAGUUUCAGGAAGUGUUUACUUCAGAGAGCGAUCUUUGAUUUGUAGAUUUUUCUUUUUGUUUUUUGUCUUUUCAUCAUUAACAGCUUCACUUUGAGAUGACUGGACAUGUUUUUUUACUUUAACACAACUGCAGUCAGAACCUCUGAAUCUGUGAUUACAGCUGUAUCCAUAGCAACAGAAUGCUGUUGAGCAAUAACAGACCUGUCACUAUGGAGUUAAGACCAUCCAGGAAAUGUUUGUCUAUAAAUUUGCACAAAAAAAGUCAAAAGAUGAAGAAAACAGUUUAAUGUAGAUCUUCUAACAGAAUUUUCAAAAUAAAAGUCUUUUUAAGGAUAACUUUUUUUUAAACUUUGCGUGUUUUCUGUCUUUUUCAGAUCCUGAAUGA